GCGCCGACGGCGUUCCCUGGGUCGCCGCGUUCCUGGGCGCCUUUGCCGCCGCGGCCCUCACCGCCGCCGUCACGGCGCGCGCGCACCGCGCCCACACGCGGCGGCACGUGGCGGCCGCGGUGCGGGGCGCUCUUCAAGGGUACUCCCCCCUCCCCAGCGGCCCGCCCUCGACCUUUUCCGGCGGCUGCAUCGGCGGCGGCGGCGGCGGCUCGAGCGGCGGCCGCACGCCCCGCGACGGCGGCGGCGGCGGCGGCAGCGGCAGCGGCAGCGACGCCGGCCCAAGGGCGGGGCGCAACUCUGUGGCGAGCGGCGCGCUCACGCCAUCCUCAUGGAUUUCCAGCUUGUCGAUCGAAUAGCACAGGCGGGG